AUGACCAACCAACUAGCCAACCAACCAACCAACCAACCGACCAACCAACCCACCAACCAACCAACCAACCACUUGAAAAUCAACACCCAAGGAGCAGUUUGCAGUUACGUUUUAAGGUCAAGAGAAGAAGAUACAGAUAUAAGUCUCGCAGAUGAUGCUGAGCCCAGGGCCUCGCCUGGCCGAGCACAGUGCCCUGCCUGCCGGGCCGUGCCCUGCCCGCCGGGCCUUGUGAGAGCUUUUUUUUUUCCUUUUCUCCUUUUUAGAACAAAAUUGAAUUAUAAUCCUCCAAAGGAUGAUGGCUCAACCUACAAGAUUGAACUUGAAGGGAUAUCUGUUGAUAUCAUGAAAGAGAUACUAGAUUACAUCUUCAGUGGGCAGAUCAGGCUAAAUGAAGAAACUAUCCAAGAUGUGGUACAGGCAGCUGAUCUCCUGCUGCUUACAGACUUAAAAACUCUCUGCUGUGAGUUUUUAGAAGGUUGCAUAGCUGCUGAGAACUGUAUUGGUAUUCGGGACUUUGCACUGCACUAUUGUUUGCAUCAUGUUCACUACCUUGCCUCAGAGUAUCUGGAAACUCAUUUUCGAGAUGUCAGCAGCACAGAGGAAUUCUUGGAACUGACUCCUCAAAAACUGAAAGAAGUGCUGUCAAUGGAAAAGCUCAAUGUUGGAAACGAAAGAUACGUCUUUGAAGCGGUGAUUAGGUGGAUUUCUCAUGAUUCAGAAUCGAGAAAGGUUCAUAUGAAGGAUGUCAUGUCAGCAGUGUGGGUUUCAGGCUUGGAUGCAGCCUAUUUACGUGAGCAGAUGAUGAGUGAGCCACUGGUACGGGAGAUCGUCAAAGAAUGCAACAACAUCCCGCUGACGCCGCCGCAGCAGGGAGAGGCCAUGCUGGCCUCCUUCAAGCCCCGGGGCUACUCCGAGUGCAUAGUGACUGUUGGUGGAGAGGAACGAGUAUCACGGAAACCAACCUCAGUGAUGCGGUGCAUGUGUCCUCUUUAUGAUCCCAAUAGACAGCUCUGGAUUGAACUUGCUCCUAUGAGUAUUCCAAGGAUCAAUCAUGGAGUAUUGUCAGCAGAAGGAUUUUUAUUUGUGCUUGGUGGUCAGGAUGAAAACAAGGGAACGCUAAACUCUGGAGAGAAAUAUGAUCCAGAUACCAAUUCAUGGAGUUCCUUACCACCAAUGAAUGAGGCACGGCAUAAUUUUGGUGUGGUAGAGAUUGAUGGAAUUCUGUAUAUUCUGGGAGGUGAGGACGGGGAGAGGGAGCUCAUCUCUAUGGAGAGCUAUGAUAUUUAUAGCCGGACCUGGACCAAGCAGCCUGAUUUGACCAUGGUUAGAAAGAUUGGCUGCUAUGCAGCUAUGAAGAAGAAAAUCUAUGCAAUGGGUGGAGGCUCCUACGGAAAACUCUUUGAGUCUGUUGAGUGUUAUGACCCGAGGACUCAGCAGUGGACAGCAAUCUGUCCUCUGAAAGAGAGGAGAUUUGGGGCAGUGGCCUGUGGAGUUGCUUCUGAGCUUUAUGUAUUUGGUGGGGUCAGAAGUCGUGAUGACAGUCAAGCCAGUGAGAUGGUGACGUGCAAAUCUGAAUUUUAUCAUGAUGAGUUUAAAAGGUGGAUUUAUCUAAAUGACCAGAACCUGUGUAUCCCAACUAGUUCUUCCUUUGUGUAUGGAGCUGUGCCCAUUGGAGCCAGUAUAUAUGUGAUUGGAGAUCUCGAUACAGGUACCAAUUAUGACUAUGUCAGAGAGUUCAAAAGAAGCACGGGGACCUGGCAGCGCACCAAGCCCCUCUUCCCGUCGGACCUGCGGCGCACCGGCUGCGCCGCCCUGCGCAUCGCCAACUGCAAGCUCUUCCGGCUGCAGCUCCAGCAGGGACUGUUCCGCAUCCGGGUGCCCUCUCCUUGA